UCUAAUAACAUUGCAAUGUCGCUGUGCGUGAGGACGAAGGUCUUCUCCGGAACCACUUGGAUUGCCCCCCUGGGGACCCUUGUCUCCAGGAGGGACAAGGGCUCCGGUCUAGGCACCAAGGGUGAUAGGUUGGAAGUCAUUCGUAAGGGUACUGGGGGUCGUUCAUCGUUUAACGGAGUUAUAGCUACCGUAUUCGGUAAUUCCGGAACGCUUGGUCCCCCCGUCGUUAAUGAACUGGGAAAAUGCGGAACCAUGAUGAUCCUCCCCUACAGAGGAGAUUUCUAUCGGGUUGCACCAAUGAAAAUUUGCGGCGAUCUAGGUCAGAUCCUAUUUCAUAGUUUUUUCCUGAAGGAUGAAAAAAGUGUCGCUAAGGCGAUGCAAUAUUCUAAUGUCGUCAUUAACAUGAUUGGUAAGGAUACCGAGACGAGCGUUUUCUCGUUCAAAGAUGUCCACGUCGAUGGAGCCAGAAUGAUUGCUCGGCUGGCUCGUGAAAGCGGUGUUGAGAAGCUAAUCCAUUUUUCAGCCCUGAACGCCGUGGAGAAUCCAAAGAGGAAAACAGUGCGGGCCUCGAAAUUUUACGCAAGCAAAUGGGAGGGCGAGCAAGCUGUUCGUGAAGAAUUCCCGGGCGCGAUCGUAUUCAGGCCAGCCGAUAUAUAUGGCCAUAAAGACCGCUUUAUUCGCUAUUAUGGAGCCUUUUAUCGACGCUACUAUAACUGCAUUUGUUUGUGGGGAAAUGGCAAAGGGGUUUAUAAGGCUCCUGUUUUCGUUUCAGAUGUUGCUCAGGCCGUUGUCAAGGCCGUCUUGCAGAAAGGCAACGAAGGCGAGACGUACCAGGCAGUUGGCCCGAAGAUGUACGAACUCUGUGAAUUGGUGGAUUACAUUUUUCGGGUGAUGCGUCGAGGGCCGGAUACUGGCUACAUUCGCUUUGAUAUGCGCUUCGAUCCAUUAUUUUUAGGAAGGAUAUUAUUUACCCAAAUGCUUCUACCGAAGCAUCCUGUAUUGAGCUUCGAACGUCUGGAGCGCGAAAAUACAUCGGAUGAACUUGAUAAAAGAUAUCGACUGAUAUCCGACCUUGGAAUUAAACUCACGGAAGUCGAGGACCGUUUUCCAUACGAAUUGAAGGCCUGGCGCAUGCACGGUUACGCUGAUCCUAACAUGAUGCAGUUCGAGCGCGUACGACCUGCGCCUGGUAUACCAAUCUAGACAGGAGGUUACAAAGAAGAGAUAUGGCGAUUUUAAUAUGACUAGACUCGCACUUGAGCACAAACCAGCGAUGUCACGGAAAGGCCUCUUUUGGCUAGACAGACUGAAUUUUAAAUUCUGUCAUAACAUGGUCCUAGUUUGUAAGAUAGCGCAAAAAAGAGCUUUGAAUGAAGAAGUUUUUGGUGAUCAACUUUGAUUGAUAUAGUAAAUACUAAGCUUCAUAGCUGAAUGUUUAAAUAAAGCUGAAUGUAAAAAUCGGGAAA